AUGGUAAGUUUAGUAUGUUUUUAAUAAAUUUUAAUGGUUAUUUUAGACUAUUGGAAAGAACAACAAGAUGAUGGCUCAUCUGGGCUAUCGCAUGAAAGUUAUUGUGCAGGAUAGCAGAACUUUUGUUGGCUAUUUCAAAGGUAUGUUGCUUAUUUUACUGUAAUGUUAUUGUAAAUAGACAUAAUGUUGUUGAAUUUUAACGUUUAUUUUUAUAAUUACAUUUUUUAAGCUUUUGACAAACACAUGAAUGUUAUUCUAUCUGACUGUGAAGAAGUGAGGAAAAUCAAACCAAAACCAGGAAAGAAACUCGUUAAUGAAGAAGAAAAACGCACAUUAGGACUAAUCCUUCUUCGUGGUGACAAAAUCAUAUCUAUCAGCGUCGAUGGUCCAGCACAGAAGGAUGAUGACUCCAGAGUUCCAAAGGCCGGCGGCACUGGCGGUCCUGGACAAGCCAGACCUGCAAACAGAACAGUACCACAAGUCCCUGCGGGUGCUCCAAUUGGUAUGCAAGGUGCUCUCGGAGGUCAUGGUGUACCGAACAUGCAACAGCCUUAUGGAGUUCCUCCAAUGGGCCAACGUCCUUAUUAA